CCCUGGCCAUGUUGCUUUCCAGUCCCAGCCCCUCGGCCUCAGGCAGCGGGCGGUCUCCGCACCGCCGAUGGAGCUGGGCUCCCGGGGGCCUUGGGCAGUGGGAUGCGCCGGCCGAGGUGCCUCGGAGCGUGGCUCCGGCUCCAGGCACCAGCCUCCACUUCUACGUGCUCUGGUCGCUGCAGGAGCCGGCCCGGCAGCUCAGCAGGAGCCAUGGUGGACCAGGGCACCACUGUGCUAGGUGCUGUACAAACACAGAGCACAAAUCCAGCCGGAUGUGUUACCAGAUUCAGCUGCCUCUGCCGUUGCCAAAACAACUUGUAAUCUUUGGCUUAGGUGACUGGAAUCGUUAUUCCCAAAACACAAGCAUCACUGUGGAGGUGCUGGUGAAUCCAGAUGUCAAGCCACAAAGGAUUGGCAAAUUGGGGUCUGAUGUGAGGUCCCUUGUGUGGGAAGGUGACUGGAGGGUGGAUGUUCUGAUGGCUUCAUUGAAACAAAUGGACUGUGGCAACCCUGUUAAACUUCUCCUGACUGUCAAUGGAGAGCUGCUCAAGGGCAUCUACAACAGCACCCCCAGUCGUCCGUUUCUGGCACCAGAGCCCACCCAGUCACCAGUCCUCCCGGAAGAUACCACGUCCCCCAUCCAGGUCUUGGACGAUACCACUGAGGUUAAAGGUCAGAGUUUGGAGGCAACUGCCAGAGCACAAAGGACCAGAAGUAAGGAUUCAUCUCCACCACCAAAAAAGCUGUUGAUGCCCCUUACCCCAGAGUCACCCACUGCCCAGAAGGCACCCAAGGAGGCCAGGAGGAAAAUCCGCAAGCCUAGUCCUCUCCAGCUAAAGCAGCCUAGGAAAGUCUUGUUUGAGCCCAGGGCAUGUGAAGGGGAGCAGGAUGCUGAAGACUUGGAGGUGAAGGAGCUGCAAGUCUGUCCGAGCCCACGAUGGUGUCACGCCAUGUGCCUCAGUGAUCCAGAAACAGCCAUUUUGAUUGGUGGAGAGGGAGCCAAUCAACAGCCUUGCAAGGAUUCUCUCUGGAAACUAGAGAUUGACAAUGAUUUCUGGUUCCCCAUGGAUCUGCCACCACUGGGUUCUGUGCCGCCCUGCUCACGUGGUCACACUGCCACCUAUGACCUGGACACCAAACGCAUCUAUGUCUUUGGGGGCAUGAAGGAGGGCAAGCCCUACAGCACUAUCCACAUCCUGGACACAUCCACCUGGAAGUGGCUUCUCGUGGCCGCCAAGGGGAAGGUGCCGACACUGGCCUACCACAGCGCCACCAUCUACCAUAAGGAGCUUUUUAUCUUUGGAGGAACUUUCCCCAAGAUGGCAUCCCUGGAGUCCAGAGCCUGCAGCAACACACUGUAUGUCUUCAACCCUGAGUACAAGAUUUGGUACCAGCCCAUUGUGGAGGGAGAGAAGCCCUUACCUCGGCUCGGCCAUUCAGCCACUCUGCUGAGGAACAAGCUGGUGAUCUUUGGGGGUCAGAGGACCCCUUUGUACCUGAAUGAUGUGCACAUCCUGGAUCUGGGUUACAUGGAGUAUGUGCCAGUCCCGUUUCUUUCAGGACAGCCUUCUUCACGCUGCUUCCAUGCUGCAAUGCCAGUGUCUGACCAGAAGAUCCUGAUCAGUGGAGGCUGCAAUGCCAAGGGAGCCCUGCAGGAUGUAUUCAUCUUUCACCUUGAUACCUUUGCAUGGAGCACAGUGACACACAGUCACCUCUCCUUAGUGCCCCGGGCUGGCCACAUGCUGCUCAACCUCACCUCUGCCCACCUGACAGAUGUGGACAAGGAGAGCCAGAGCAAGUGCAACCUGUGCACCGUGCUGGUUUUUGGUGGCUCAGACUGUGCUGGGACCUUCUACAAUAGCACAAGCAAGAUCCAGCUGGACCUAGAGGAGACCAAGCCCAGGACAGCAGGGGUUCUGUGUCAUGGUAAAUAGAGACACAUGGAUAGACAGUGGGUGGCAAUAAAUGAAUCAAAGCAAAGCGAUGAACCAAGUCUCUGCAUGUAGGUGAAAUCUGCCCCACAUUUGGAAUGUCUCCCUGAAACCUGUGGUGACUUCUUGCCUAUGUUGGGGCCCAUGGACAUGGAGCCUGAGGACUAGGCACAAAUCCCCGCCUCACACUUGCAUGAUGCCUACGCUUUGACACUUAAUUAUCCUCGGAAGCCUGAACUAAAUCUGCAGUGUCCCGUUAGAGGAAUUUCCCCAAGGCUUUGGGCAGAACUAGUCUCUUGCUUUCCUCUCUUGCUGUAUAUCACUUCUCUUCCCUGACCCAAAUCCCAGCUUCUGUUGGGCGGAAAUGAAGGUGACCUCAUAUAUUCACUCUUAACUGGGUGAGGAGAGGGGGUUGCUGCAGGUAGGGUGACCAGAUGUCCUGAUUCUAUAGGGACAGUCCUGAUUAUUUUGUCUUUUUCAUACAUAGGCUCCUAUGACCCCCCACCCUCUGUCCUGAUUUUUCAUACUUGCUGUCUAGUCACCCUAGCUGCAGGCUCCGAAGAGAGGGCUGUAAGGUGAGGAUGUGAGUCACCCACCAAAGCUGGCUGGAUCUCAGCUGCAACUUGGCAGUUCCUUUCUGCCAUCCAGGAAUAGGGUUCUUCUGGCUUGGAAUGAAUGAGAAUUCACCACCCAGAAAUCUCCCCUUUGGAAGGACGGGGAACAGUAUCGCUAGAAAGUGAGUGACUGGCUUUCUACAAGUGGCUGAAAAGUGUCUGAUGCUGUGUGAUGUCUGGGUGUAAGUGGCAUGCCAUCUGGGGAUGGGGAAGAGAACGCUGUCAUCUUUGGCUAAGGGGGGAGCUGGCUGCUAUGCCAGCAGCGAGGGAGACUAGUUCUCCCAGAUUGCUGCUUGGUGAAGGGAAGACAUAUAGAUCACUCAGCAGCCUGGGACAACUAAUCUCCUUCAUGCGGUCACUGCCGGCGUGGCAGGCAUGGUAUAGCGUAACUGUUGGUGGUUCCCUA